AUGGCUUACUGCCUGUGUGUGGAAGUUGUGAAUGCUGAUCUCCAACUAGCAUGCAAUAGCUCAUUUGCAAAAGUCAGGGCUGAUAUUUUGCUUUUUUUCUUUCCACAGCCAUUAGACUUUGAAACAAAAAAGGCAUAUACCUUUAAAGUAGAGGCUUCCAAUCUCCACCUUGACCAUCGAUUUCACUCAGUGGGUCCAUUCAAAGACACUGCCACUGUCAAGAUAAAUGUGUUGGACAUGGAUGAGCCUCCAGUUUUCAGCAAGCCUUUGUAUACAAUGGAGGUGUAUGAGGACACUCCUGUGGGGACAAUCAUAGGUGCAGUUACAGCACAAGACCUCGAUGCUGGCAGCAGUUCAAUUAGAUACUUCAUCGAUUGGAAGAAUGAUGUGGACAGCUACUUUACAAUAGAUGCUAAUGAAGGAACCAUUGCAACUAAUGAAUUACUGGACAGAGAAAGCACAGCACAGUACAAUUUCUCUAUAAUUGCAAGUAAAGUUAGUAACCCAUUGUUAACCAGCAAAGUCAACGUUAUAAUAAACGUCCUGGAUGUCAAUGAGUUUCCUCCUGAAAUUUCAGUUCCAUAUGAGACAUCUGUAUGUGAAAAUGCCAAACCAGGACAGGUAAUACAGACUGUCACUGCCACAGACAAAGAUUUGUCACCAGCUGGGCAAAGGUUUUCCUUCAGACUGUCACCUGAGGCUUCCAACAAACCAAAUUUCACAGUCCAUGACUACAGAAACAACACAGCUGGGAUUGAAACCAGGAGAAAUGGCUACAGCAGGAGGCAGCAAGAGCUGUACUUUCUUCCAGUGGUAAUAGAAGAUAGCAGUUACCCUGUCCAGAGCAGUACAAACACAAUGACUAUCCGGGUUUGCAGGUGUGAUUCUGAUGGUACCAUCCUGUCCUGCAAUGUGGAAGCAAUCUUCUUGCCAGUAGGCCUCAGUACAGGAGCAUUGAUUGCAAUCCUGUUGUGUAUUGUUAUACUUCUAGGUUAGUUCUCAUUAUACUAUUUCAAGUACAUUAUUAUGACUCGUGUUAAUUAAUUUGUGUUCCCAUUAGCUUAAACAAAUGUUUUAAAAAAACACUGAAAAUGUGUGGAUGUUCUUGAAAACUUGCGUACUUCUAACUUUCUAGAAAAGCAUUGCAAAAUACUGACCAGAAAUGUGAAUCUGCUAACACCUACAUGUUUUUUAUUUCAUGAAAAGAUAAGCUUUCAGUGGAACUUGAGCUGCAAUGUUUGUCUGAAACACUUUCACUGAACUACUUUUCUUGAAAAACUUCGAUUUCUUAAAAUUUCUAAAGUAGACAAGCCCUACUGACAGUAAUAGCAGUAAAAACUUAGUAAAGGCCUUUGUUUAACUUUUAAAACCAGUUUGAGAAAAAGAGUGGUGAAGUGAAAGAGGAGAAAAUGAUUGUAAUGCAGACUGUGACUGGCUAGAUCACUGUAGAACUUAACAGAAACGUAUUCAUUUCAGGCAGGCAUGGAUUCCAUUACACCGCAUCAUCAUUUGGAUCUAUACUACAUUUAAAUAACAUAUUGUUUAUAGCAUACCCAAGGCAGUCCAUACCCAUCUGCAUCCUAAUACAGUAUGUCUUUAAUGAACUAGUAAUGAAUUAAAUCCAACUUUGUAACUUACACAGGUUCAUUGUGAGCAGCUUAGUACAAACUAAUUCUUAGAUAUGCUAGUCUAUGCCCCUUCUCGAUGCUAGGGGGCUGCCUAAAUCUCAUACUAAUUGUGUAGAUCUGUUGGGCAAACAAGAAGAGCUGAGACACUGAAUAUAAUGUAUGCAUACCUAUUUGCAUUUGAAUGAAUAUAGUACUUUAUAGCUUAAGCAAAGUACUACAGACUUAGAAUUGCAUUCGGAGUUUCUGAAUAGUAG